AGUUGACUUCCAGAGGUCUUUCCUUAUUCACUUAUCCAUCUUAGAAGAGCAGCCACCAACAUGUUCCGCCGCACUUACAUGGCUGCGCUGCAGCGUUCCCGUGUCUCCUUUGCUGCUGCCCCCGCCGCCUCGACCGCGGCCAAGGGUGGUCCCGCUGUGGCCCCUGCGUCUGCCACCGCGAAGACGCCCGCCGGCGCGAAGGCCACGGCUGCAAAAAAACAUGAAAUGCCCAAACUGACAACGAAGGCCGGUGCGUCCACGACUGGCGGUGACACCAUCAUCGACAAAGUGAUUCUCGUUGCAUCCAUCACUGCGGUGCUAAUGUGGUGGAACACCGUCCCUGGACCGCAACACCAGCACUGA